UUUUAUUUAUUAGUCGUCCAACAUGAAGAGGAUAGUUGGUGUUGGAGUGCCCUUGGUGCUGAUCUUGGCCGUCUCCGCGUACCUCAUCCUGACUGCGUUAAAGAAGGACCCAUUGUCUGAACCCGGACACCGCGUCAUCAAACGGUCCCUACCAUUGCCAGAUGAACUCCAAGAUGCCAUUCGAGCAGCAGCUGCUGAAGACGCCCCUGCUUACGUUAAGGACAAACGCUUCCUCCCGGCCAUUGCGAACCUUGCUGGAAAACUUUUAUCAUCAGGAGGGAGCUUCGAUGCAGGAAAACUGACCGACACAAUAAAUCAACUGGGCGGCAUGGAGAACAUGGGACCGGACAUCAUGGCGCAAAGUGUGAAACAGGAGGCUGAGGUCGAGGCAGAAGUGGAAAAAGAGGUGGCCCAGGAAACGGUCGAAAAGAUAUUUGGAAAAGCUGAACAUGAAAAGAAAGAAGAUGAUGGAGAUGAUGAUGAUGACGGUGGUGACGGCCAGGAGCAUGAGAUAAAGGCUGAAGUAGACUUCAUUGCACAGAAGGGCAUGGUUGAGGAUGACAUGUUCGCUCCACCAGGGAUGGAGAUGAAAAUAGACGUGGAGGAAGACCCCGGGGAGGAAAGCGAACCCGAUGAAAGUUCCGAACCAAUGGCGUUCUCUUACCCUGUGGGGAUGGGUCCUGCUCUGAUGAACGGAUGUUUCGGAACAGGAUACGUAGAGGGUGAUCCAUGCUGGAACAAGAUGGAUGUCAUCCCUGUCUGCUGGGUGAGUUUUGAAUCCCGGAUUUAA